GUGCUUGCCGUUUGCAUGCCGCCCCUCUGGCAGCGAUAGCGGGGGAAAAUCGAUAGUGUCUCGCGCGGAGAUACGCGUUAAGCGAAGGAAUUAUGAAUGACAGGGGCGCACAGCGACGGUGUGCUCGCGUUGCCGAGAGGCCGGACAGUCCGGGACGCUAUGAGUGUCAGGAGUCGGGAGAGCAGCAGUAAAUCUUCGCGCUGCCCGCGGAAAGCUGCGGUCCCUGCGCAGGGGGAUUGUCACUGAUCGGAUCUCGUUGAUGGAAGGGACGCUCCAGAAAGCAUGAGAUGCGUAAGAACAGCCUCAAGAAAAACACAUUCAGUCCGCUGGCACAGAAGAUAAAGGCCCCGCAGCAUUUGCUGAGGCUCGGGGACGAAGAGGGCGAGCUUGACGAUGAGAGCAGCGCCGGCCGCUUCCAGUUGCCCAGCUUGCCACGACGGAAGUCGUGGAAGGACGACAAUAAUGUUCUGUCCACUGGGAACAGCGCGGCAACCUCAGUCUCUUGGUCGCAGAAGGCGGAGAACGUUGCCACCCAGAGGCUGGAGCAGCAGUGGGCGACCGUGGAAAGGUCCUUUUAUGAGGAGGACGAUGAGCUGUCCCAAGGACCUGUUUCGGAUGAGUGUAUACAAUGGAGAACACAGAUACCAUACUUCAGGUUAAUGGGUAGGAACUUAGCUGGCGCCAACGACAAGGUACAGCAGCUUGAUGUUCGCGCCAGCGCCAAAACCAGGAAGAAGUUGGACAAUCUGCAAAAUGAUGAAGCACUCGUGGAGCAUAGUCUGUCAGUUAAGGAGAAAGAAGAUUCUACCCAAUAUAAGUUGAACAAGGCAAAAUUUGAAGACGUCCUCGACUUACUGAUGGAACAUGUAAUAUCGGAGCUUUUUACUGACAAAGAGGACGACGACGCGGAUUCUUUGCACGAAAGCUUGAGUGAUACUUUGAAGAUAACUCCUGCUCCCCUCCACGGUAACAGAAGAAGCUCGUCGAGAAGCACGAAGACAAAUUGGGCGGAGGAAGCGGUUUCGCCUAAUUACAUCGAGAACAAGUCACUGAGCAUAAGAAAUCGAUUGCUGGAUACGGAAAGCUCUCUUCAGACAAUAAAAAACGACACGAAUUACGAAGCGGUUCGAAAAAGACAGAGGAACUCGGUCUCUGCGAAUAAGCCGAGGGACUUCGGGGGCGACGACGAUGCGUUACAGUCCAAGGAGAGGCUGUGCACGCCGCAUAUAAGCAGGAACAAGCUCGGCACCGUCUUCAACGAGAGGAUCGUCGUGAGCCCUGUGCCUUUCGCGGUGUCCACGCGAGAAAGCUUCUCCACGUUGAAAAACACUCCGAUCCGAUUCAUAGGCGAGAACUUGGAGAUCUCUUCCUUCCGAGGAUCCGCUCGGAACAUGCUGGGUCUCCGAGGUUCCGCGAGAAGGUCGUUUCCCACGAGGCAUCCGGAUAUUCACUCCGCCUGGCAAGCUCCCGUUUGCCCCGCUGUCUGGCCGAAAAACGUCCGGCUCGCACCCAUCGACACUUCGAGACUUCCCAGUAGCAAGAACAGGUCACAGGCACCGUCGCCCACUGUCCUGCAUUGCAGCAGGAAGCCGUUGAGUCCGAUCUCCCGUCCCACGAUCCCCAAGUCGGCCCACGCGGCUCGCGAGCUCGACAAUCUACUGGAGAUUCAAGGGAGGCACGUCGUUCCCGCGCAGUCGUCGAAAAUCGGCCUGCUCUCGGCCGGCUGGGACUACAGUCCCCGGGUGGCCAAGGGCAAGAAGAAGAAAGCUCGAGCGAGGGAGGGGCCGUGAACGAAAGACCGCAGGAGGGACGAACUCGCGCUUUACCAUACAAAUCAUCGCUUGCGAAAACAAAAAGAAAAAAAAAAUAUAUAUA